AUGCCCCCAAUCGAAUUCCUGAACUUAAAGUAUCCUCCGGAGAAGCUGAAUAAAUUUGUUAGCCCCGCUGCGCGAUUUCGUCAAAUGACGUCGGAAUUAUCAACGGCUACGGUAUUCCAAACUCGACUUUUCAUUAUUAAAAGGAUCCAAUCUGGUUUCCAACACGCAAUUUUCAUAAUUCUCACAGGCGCAAUCAUGAUUCACCAAGCGAGCACCAAAAAUGUCCCAGAGGAGCAUCAAAUGGAAAGAAGAGGUCUGUGGCUACCAGCCGACCACAGAGUUCACAAGAAAUGGCUAUCUGGAGUCGUCGAUCGUGUCGACGGCAAAUCACAGAAACUUCACCCAGUGAUUCAGGAGUUCAAAGAGUUUAUUGAGAAUAAUACACGCAUCUUCCUCCUCGCGUCUUCCAUGUUCGAAGAGAUCCCGUCGAAGAAACCGUACCACCGGGAUCCUGCAGGACACAAGCAGAUACGAGACUACAAUCACUUGCUGGAAGUUUUCAGCCACCUUCUCACUACAGCGCCAGAGUGGAGCGAUCAUGACUACUCUGUGGGUAUUGUCGGGACACCGUUCAAUGCUGUGUUAGACUGGCAAGUUGAUCUUACAACGCACAUGGAGCAUAUUUUAACAUCCUACAACAGGCCAAUGGGUACACCGAGUGGGUACGCUUUCUUCCUGGACCCCGAGGUCAAUAAAAUGAUCAAGAAGAUUCUGAACACUUGGGCCAAGUUUUUGGACUCCCCCGAAUCAGCAUACGUGCUAGGUAGCGACAAAAUCGGCUGGUUCAGCGACCAUGCGGUGCAAGACCUAGCAACCGUCGCAAACAUCGGGCAGACCUCGUACAAGUUCGAAGAAUUGUAUAAGUGCGACCCAUCGAAAGAGCACUGGGGUUUCAAAUCAUGGGAUGACUUCUUCGUGCGCCAUCUUCACGAGGAUAAGCGACCAGUUGCCAGCCCGGAAGACGACACCGUGAUAGCAAAUGCCUGCGAAGCUAAACCAUACAAUGUAGCGCGCGACAUCAAAGCCCGAGAUCGGUUCUGGAUCAAAGGCCAACCCUACUCUCUCAUCGACAUGUUAUCCAUGGACCCCCUUUACGAACAAUUCCUAUCAUCGUUGGCAUGCGCCCGUGAGCGGCAAGGUCGUCAAGGCGUACGUCGUAGACGGCACCUAUUUCUCUGA